CAACGCCGCACUCGCACUCCGCACCCUUUCUUCAGCGCUGUCUUAGUGGAACGCGAUUCGUGAGAAGCUACCGUCAACUACGGCCUCCGUGCCAGAUCUAAGCUCUGUCUUCCACGUCUUCUACUUCGUGAACCUUCACGCAACCAUGGGAUUGUCGAGCGUCGCUGUCGUGCGAGCCGUCGCAGCUCUCCUCAUCGCCGCCUCAGUCUGCCACGGCCAAAAUGCCCCGGGUUCCUGGGAAAAAAAGCAAGUGGGCGAAGACCCGCUGUACGAGCAGAUGGCGCACUUCGCCGUCUCGAAGCAGGUCGGCGGUGACAGGCAGAACUUCGACACGGUGCUCGAGCUUCUCGAAGUCGAGACUCAGCUUGUUGCCGGCAAGAACUACCGACUCAAGUUCACUACAGCCGAGUCGACUUGCGGAUUGACAGAAACUUACAGCAAGGAACACUGUCGCCCCAAGACCGGAGAAGUAAAGGACACCUGCACCGCUGUAGUCUACGACGUGCCCUGGCUGAACGAGCGCUCCGUCACGUCUUUCUCCUGCAACGGGGCUCCGUCAACAUAGCAACAUUGACGGCCUGACAUCGAACCACGUCUUGGUCUCGAGCCUCACACGCUUGCUGUUUUCUCUGUAAUGCGCUAGAUAAUGUCACUGACAGUUUGUUACAAAAUAAACUUUUUU